CAUGAUGAUUACGAUUUAAUUUGAGCCGCAAGUAUGUUUUGUGACUGGAGAUCCGCACUCGUUAGUUCAUACGUCUUCGCUCCUCGGUCUGUUGGCUAAGAUCAAAGUGUAUAUUGUGUUUCGGCAUAACAGGAAGAAGAACAAAAUGAGUAAGAGAGGUAGCGUGUCCUGGGUGAAGCCAGCAGAGCCCUCUUUCCUGCGAAAGUUCAAGAACGAUGUUGGCUUCAAAGAAGGGCCCACGGUGGAUACAAAGAGACAGAUGCCUGCCGCCGAAGACGAUAGUAGUGGCGAUAGUGAGCGUGAGGACGAGCAGCCACAGGUGGUAGUGCUGGAGAAGAAGCAUUUAACUGCUGAAGAGGUGAAGCACAUCAAAGACCAGAUGAAAGAAGCCCAUGAUGAAGACCAGCUUCCUCCAGAUGGCAAAAUCCUGUUCAAGAAACCUGCAAAACGCUCCUCUGAGAUGUUUCAGGAACUCUUCAAAAUCUCCAGCAAAAAGAAAAAAGCAUGUCAGGCCAAGGGGGAGGAGGAUAAUGCACAGAAAAAAGUGAGAAACUCCAGUCUUCUCUCAUUUGGAGAAGAGGAUGAAGAUUAACCUCACACUGAAGGAUAGGUGAGUUCUUACUAGAAUUGGACUCUUGCCUGUAUUGUAAGAAAGGAGAAGCUUCCCUUGUUAAGGGGAAACACCCCAUAAAGAGAAUUCAGUAUAGUAGAGGACCCUGUGAUUUGCUCUGAAGAUCAUAUAUUGACAAACCCCUUAUUUUGAGUUGUAUCAGAAAGGUUAACUGCAAUGUGACAACUUAAGAUAGGCUUUUAACUUGUGUUCCUUACAUGAAGUUAAACAAGAAGGUUGUGUGUGGAAGCUAUGUUCUUUUGGGGCCCAAAAAGACUGGUUUUACCUAUGUCAUGUACAUCUACUCUAAAGGCAGGCACUUUGAACUAUGGACAUGAGCUUUUAAAAACUACCCCCCCCCCAUGCCACCUAUGAUUAUUCCUAACAGUAGGUGUGGAGAAGUUACCAUUGCAUUUAACCUGGAGAAUUAAGUUUUGCUCAUGGGUUUGUAUAAGCUGCAGUUGUACUGCUUUUCUAAUGCCAUUUGAGUUCCAGCCUAGCCCCCUGCUAUCUUUGAAAGGGGUUCAAAGCUCCCUCUGGAUCCCUGUUGGGGUUUAGUCCUGAGGUUGGAAAUUUAGUUUUAAUAAAAGUAGCAUAGCAAUAUUCACUGCAGAGGAAUAUUAUCUAAAAUCUUCCCUGUAGGAUUACAAAUGGUUCACAACCUUUUCCUAGAGGUCAUUGGAGGCUUUCAAAGAAAAACUAAAUGGAUUUAUGAAAAAAUCCUGUACAAGAUGUUUGGGUUACUUCAAGAAUUUCUAUUUACCAAACAUGAAAGACAUGUUUUCUGAUGGCAGUGUUCCAUACACUAGAAUUAGAGUCCAAAAAUAAAAUUGUGCACACAGGGCAGAAAAACUUAUUCCAACAGGAACCAUGCUUCGAUUUAAUUAAACAAGUUGAUUCAGUACUGCUUACAAUAAAAUUAAUGGGCUUUUGUAAAGUGUCCACUAUAACCAAACAUGUACGAGGUUGAAACAUUCUGAAACUGCUGUGUAGCACAAGCCACCUCUUUUAGCUUGGCUAUGAGUCAUCCCUUAAUUCACUGCACCCAAGUACAGCAGUUGGUCCUCAGCUAUUCUCAUAGUAACCUUCUUGUACAGACACCACAGGAUAUACUAGUUUUAAGAACUUUUGUGCUUUUCAUGUAAAAGAUGCACGAGAAAAA